AUGUUGGAUGGACGAUUAGAUCUAGAUCACUCCGUCUCUUCCGCCAGUUCGGCGUCUUCUCCACCGUUCCACCCCAACGACGCGCGCAUCGGGCGUGACAAUUCGCGUCUGGCACCGUCGCUGCUUUUGUCUUCUCCGUCCUCUGGAGACUCGAGCCCUUCGAGCGCUGGAUCUCCGUCCCAGAAACAUUCCCCACGGAGCAUCACCCUCGAACCGCCGCCACUGCCUUUCUUUCCCACCAAUAACCGGAGGACAGUGGAAUCUCUGACGGCCUCGCCCGAGAAUCAGAGAGCGGAAAGCAGUGUCUACUAUACCACUGCCUGGGGGUCUCCGUAUGCGGCACCCAGUACCCGACGACUGUCCUUGACCUUAAGCCAAUACGCCGGCAUCGAUCCCGGAUCCGGGGCCAUUUCACCCGCCUCGUCGGUCGCCAAUAACGCCGAGCUUCGUCGAGCAAGUGUCGCAGAUAAUUCGGGGGACUUUGACGAUCAAAACGAAGGUGGCAAGUCCAUUCGCGACUUCACCCAGGACUGGAUCAAUCAAUAUCUCUCCGGUCAACCGAGAACCGAGCGGAGUAACUGGUUAAGCGACGACUCCGGAAGCGAGGCGCCAUCGUUUUUCACAGCGCCCAAUCACCUUGCGGACGACCUAUCGGACGAUUGGCUCGGCUUGGAGGACGAUAUCCGUGAUAACGAUCUUCUGAAAACACCGACCUUGUCCGAUUUUGUGGGGCGAAGAGCUGCUGCUCGCGCGAAAGGAAAGAAGAACUCACAUAAGCGCACGGAUACUUUACGCCAGGAGGACUUUUGGGGUUUCGCGUACGAUAAAGAAACGUCAAAGCACAUCAUGUCGGAUUCCAAAGAAUCUCAGCUUCCUGCGGAGGUGACUUCACCGGCCGAGAAGCCGUUGCCUCCUCCCCCAUCAACCACCGUGGACGAAAAUGCGAAGUCCGGUCCUGUAGAGGAGUUGAAACCUGAUACUAUCAAUAGGCCCGCCGCCCAGACUCCCCGGCGGAGAAAGAAGCUCAAUUGGCGCGGGAAAGCGUGCAUAAUCGAGUUCCCGGCAGAUGACAAGCGUGGUACAGAAGCAUCGGGAUUCAAGCUUUUGACCCGCGCCGACGUCGAGGCUCGCGUUAAGAAAUGGCAUGACGAUGGGUAUGAUACCCGCGGAUUCACCAUUGGCGACUCCGACGAUCCAUCUGGACCAACAGAUCUGGGCGGUUUGAGCCGUGCCUUGUACCCCGACCCGGCCGAAUUGUGGGAGGAGACGAGGGGACACAGAGCGCACGUUCAGUUCCCGGACAAGGCCGUGUGGGAUAACUAUGUGAACGAGUUGCAAGAAGCGAAGCUCCGAGCUCUUGGUGUGGACCUUGGUCCCCCUGAGCCUCAACCCUCCCUUUCACCCGCGCCGACGUCUAUGAACCCAUCUCAAACACCUUUCCCCGGUUUGGUUGGGUCUCCGCCAAUUCCUACCACCUCGGCUGGAAGCAAUCCCAUGGCUCCAAUGCAUCCUUUCUCACCUCACUUUGGUCAGUCCACCGGAACCACAAGCGGCGGAAUCGGAUCUUUGGCAUCGCCUGCUUCGCAGUUUAGCGUGCAGACUCCGUUCAUGGGCAUGGAUCAGAAUAUGAUACCUGGCUAUCCCUUCCAAUUCCAGCCUACGCCUCCAGCACAGGGUACUAUGACCCCCCAGAGUCUCAUCAAUCUCCGCCAAGCGAGCGGAACUGGUGGUCCUGGAGCCCUGCACAACUUCAACUCUAUCAUGUCACCAGUCUCGCCGUUCAAUGAGCAAGGCGGCUUCCAAGGUGCAUUCGAUGGCAAGGAUGACUUUGAUGGGCGAUUCGCCAACCUGGGUCCUGAAGAACCUCCCUAUCAGACUCCUCAAACUCCCGUCAAUGCUCCUGAUCACUUCCAUACUUCGAAUGUCGAGAUUGCACACCCGACACCCCGUGGUCAUGGCCACAACUUAAGUGAGACUCUCCAGAGAGGAUUGGAGCAAAUGAACCACUCCGACUACCACCUGGAGCAAUCGGUUGAACGCCAUUUGGAGGAGGAUGACCGCGAUGCGGCCCACCACUCACUGAAAGCGUCUCGUUGGGGCUUGCCGGAGCAUGACCAACAUCAGAUGCAUGAUACCUCCCGCCAUCCUUCACAUGCUUUCGCCCAGCAACCUCACCAGUUCUACCACGAUCAGUUCGGCCACGAUGACAACCACGAAGGCUCUGAUAUCGACACCAACCCCAGCCUGGCCGGGACGCCUCAUACUCGUGGUGUUCUGCCGGAUCACCGCCCCUGGCAUGACUCGAAGCCUAGCCACGAGUCAUUUGGCAAUCAAUCUAAACUCUCGGUCUCGUCUUUGAACGUGGAAGCCAAGGAGUUUGACCCAACUGCCUCGUUCGGAUCCCAGCCUGCACCAUUCGUUAACAACGCCUUCCAGUUCGGUGGAAUGAACCAAGGCUUCGGAUUUGCUCCCCCUCUUGCACCUUUUGCUCCUUCCGGUUCUAUCAAUCAACAUGUGGAGCACAACCCUGAGCCAAAGCCCAGCUCAUUUAAGUUCUCCGCUGCCUCGUUCAAUGUGGACGCGCCCGUCUUCAACCCUGGCGGUAGCAUCAACUCCACUACUUCCGAACAACCAGCUCCCCAACGGACGAAGAUAUUCGGUGAUAUCGACCUCAAUGAAAUCGCCAAGCCUCCCAAACAGUCGAAAGCGAUCCCCAUCGUCCGACCCGAUGAGACCGAGCCUGAGAAGAAUGAAGACGAGGAAGUGGAGACCAUGGAUGCUGAUGGUGGUCGACCAAUUCCCACUGAUCGUCACAAGCGUGCUCGUCGUGGCAUUGGCCAUGCUGAGGGUGAGGCCCGUUAUAGCAUCUCCACUCACCCCUUGGGUGAUGCCGGUAAUGCCCAGGCGUCCAGCACACUCCAGUCCGUUGCUGAAGGCAAGGAGAAUGCCUUCCCCGAUGAUAAGCCCGCUGAACACAGCGAAGCUGAGACUUGGACACUAUUCGAUUACAAAACCGAAGGUGGUGCUAACAGAUCUCACACCGCGUCUCCCGUCCAGGCUGGAUCUACUGAGGAGGCCAAGGAAAAUGUCAAGCAGCCCGAGCGCAAGCGAUCCGCGGAUGAUCUCCUGGAUUCCGGCUCGAAGCCUUCCGGCCAUGGUCCUUCUGAUUCGAAGGGCUCCGCGAAGAGCAGCAUGUUAUCGGCAACGGCCAAGCCUUUCGAGUUCAAGCCUGCUGUUCCUAGCUUCACUCCUACUUCUGUGCCGCCAUCAAGCUUUGCAGAGCAAGCGCCUGUCGAGCCGAAACCCGUCGAGAAGAAGAAGCCCACUGGUGGUCUCAUUGCUUCUCGCUUUGCUACUUCUAGCCCACCGAAGCCCCAGUCUCUGACUGUGCCUGAGCCGGAGAAGACACCUGUGCGUCAACAACACAGGGGAUUCAACUUGGAGUCUGCAGAUGAGUCUCCCGAUGAUGAUGAGCUCAACGCCAUUAUGGACCAGCUCAAUGACGACUCUGAUGUUGGUGUCAUGCGCCAAACCACCCCUCUGCCACGCCAGCAGAUCUCGGAGUCUGUGGGAGGUCCCACCAAGGAGCGACAAUUUGGACCUGCAGAGGGCCGCAGCGAAGCCCCCAGUCCCAGCCCAGGAGGUGGACCGAAGACUCACAAGCUCGACAUCCCCGGUUCUGAUAUCGACGCCCAAAGCAAUAUCACCUUCUCCCCUCAGAAAAGCAUGGUCUCCCGUCUUCAGUCGCCUGUUCGCCAGCUUAUUACCGAGAAUGACCAUGUCAGUGACUGGGAUGACAUGAUCUCUUCUGGCGAGGACGAGAAGUUCUUCAACCGUAACCGCUUCUUCGAUCGCCGCAUCAACGACCUGGUUGGCUCUGCCAUCGACGAUCGUCUCGGCCCCAUGGAGCGGGCUUUGGCUGUUAUUCAGACAUCUGUGGCUACCAUCGCUUCGGGAUCUGCUAGCAGAAGAGCUUUGCGCAGUGCCUCUGGUGAUAUUGAAGACAGUGAUGCCGAUGAUGAAGAUGAUGGCGAAGAGCAUGAGGGUUCUGGUCGGGCCCGUUCGCCUCACCACAUGCGGGAUCGCAAGCUGGAGAUGCUGAAGAGUGUUGUCAUGGAAGCUCUUCUUACUCACGACCUGCCCCAGCGUAAUGUGCAGCACUCCAGCCACAGUGAGAUGGCACAGCUGAAGGAAAGCAUCGCUGAAUUGCAAGCCCUCACUAUCAAGAAGCUUGCUCAGGACCCGGUUGGUGACAUGCGUGAGAUUCUUGAGGAGAACCUCAUAAAACACCUUGCCCAACAAACUCCUCGCCUGUCUGAGGCCGAGGAGAUCGGUGCUGACAGUCUCAUGAUGCAAAUCGAUGGUCUCAAGAGCAUGCUCCGCGUCGCCGACGAGCGUGCCGAGUCUGAGUACAAGGCCCGCCGUGAGGCCUCAGACUCUGUCAUCGAGCUUCAGCGUCUGCUCAAGAUUGCUGAAGAGGAUGCUGCUCGCCACAGCGCAGCUGCUGAGGAUGCUGAGGCUCGCUUCCUCCAGUUCAAGGAAGAGAAGAUUCCCCACCUAGAGAAGAUGCAGUUCCGCACUGAGUCUCUCAGUGAAGAGAGCGAGACUCUCAAGGUCACUAUUGCCGAGCUUUCCUCCAAGAACAUUGCCCUUGAGGGGACUCUCGACGAGUACCGCGUUUCCAGUGACCACUUCCGUCGCCAGUUGGAGACCACCAAGGAUGAGAACAGGUCUCUUCAUGAGACUGUUGAUCACCUGCGGACUCGGAUUGAGGAUAGCAUGGCCGCUCGCCAGAACCUCACUGAGAAGUUCGACCGUCUUCAGAAUGAUAUGGUGACUUUGACUUCUGAGGUCACCACUGAGCAGGCCAACUGGCGGAGGAAGGAGGAGGAGCAAGCUUCCAAGUACAACGAGCUUCGUGCAUCCAAUGCUCGCGAGAUCAAGCUGCGUGAGCAGCUCGAGGAGGAAGUUGCCGAGCUGGCUAAGCAGGAGCGAGAGACCUCUAAGGUCAAGUUCCUCCAUGAGCAGUCGCAGCAGGAGAACUUCAAGCUCGAGGAGACUAUUGCCAACCUGCGUGCCGAGAACCAUAACUUGCAGCUGACCGCUGCUCGCUUCGAGCGUGAAUUCAAUGAGGCCCGUGAGAGCAGCCGCAUGGAGAUCCAGCGGACCCGCACCUCGAUGGAGGCCGAUUUGGAAGCUUCUAACAGCCAAGUCAACAUUGUUCGUGCUGAGCUCGAGGCCCAAGUUAUCCGUUACCAGAGCCAGCUAGAGAGUGUUCGUAUGGAUGCGGAUACUUCCCGUGAGCGCUACGAGAUGCUCCUGGAGGAAGCCAAGGAGACCAAGGCUGCCGCUCUGGCUGCUGCGAAGGAGUCCCGCGAGCUUGCACUUGAGGAUCAGCGCAAGACGCACGAGCGUGUACUCAAUGAUCUUCGUGAACGCCACGGCCGUGCCCUGCACAACUCUUCCGAAGAUAAGACCCGCAGUGAAGCGUACAUGCAGGACCGUCUUGCUCUCUCCGACGACAAGGUCAAGCAUUUGCAAGACCGUGUCCACCACCUCGAGGAGAAGCUUGAGAUCGCCCAAUCUGCUGCCCGUGCUGCCGCCGAAGCCGCCAAGGGCAAGGCACCGGCUUCGUUCUCUGCACCCGCGCCCUCAGCCUCCAGACACGUCUCCUCGCCUUCGAUGUCCUUCAACAAGGGAUCCAACGAGCCCGAGAAGAUCUCCCCGCAGGCCUUGCGCGAGUCCAUCUUCGUCCUUCAGGAUCAGCUCCAGCAACGCGAGACUCGCAUCGAGGAGCUUGAGCAAGAAGUAGCCUCAGUGGACAAAGACGCCCCCAACAAAAUCAAGGAAAAGGAUACCGAGAUUAACUGGCUCCGCGAGCUUCUGGGCGUUCGCAUCGACGAUCUGCAGGAUAUCAUCAAGACCGUCUCUCAGCCGAACUUCAACCAGCACGCCGUCCGCGAUGCCGCUAUUCGCUUGAAGGCCAACCUCCAAAUGCAGCAGCAGGAGCGUGAGCGCGCCAUGUCCGGUCAGAGUCUGGCUCUCCCAUCCAUCUCUGAUAUCGCCGCGUCUCCCCGUGCACUUCCCCUCGCCGCUGCCGCUGCUUGGGGCAACUGGCGCAAGGGCCGUGAGGCUGCCAAUGGCUCUGAGCAGACCCCGUCCAAGUCCAGCAAUGCCGGUACUUUCCUCUCUGGACUCCUGACUCCACCAAGCUCGCAUGUUCGUCAGAACGCGCCUCACACAAGUGGUCCCGGACGUACUUCCUAUGAGACUCGGCCUCUGAGAGGUAUCAAUUCAACGCCUCGCCGUGGCUCGACCCGUCAGGAAGUCCCCAUCACUGAACCACCCAAGACCCCUCCCCUCAUGCGCCGCUCGAGCUACGAUCACGACGCCGAGCCCGGUAACUACGAAGAGACCAGCUUUGCGGAUGACAUCGAGAGCACCGUCGACGGCAUGGUCUCCGCUUCGCCAAAGGAUGUCAGCGAGGGACCAUUUGGUCCGCACAUCUCUCACGCCGAGCAUGAAGCAGCUUCCGAAGAGGAUGCGGCGGACGAUACGGCGACAGAAACAGGCGUCGAGGUCUCGGAGUAA